AUGACAAAAACAGCCCUCCUUAAAUUACUUUUGGCCAUAGUGAUCACGUUUAUUUUAAUUUUGCCAGAAUAUUUCAAGGCACCAAAAGGAAACAUGUUGGAACUAUCAUGUCUGGAAUUAUAUUUACAGCAGAAUUUCAGCUAUUCAUUCUUCUCUACAAAUGCUUCUUUUGUGACCUUUCUGCAACCAAUAAGAGAAACUCAGACUAUUACAGGAAUCUUUCUAAAUCACUCCAACUUUCAAAACUUCACCAGGAUUUGCCGAGAUAUCACAAGUAAACUCAAGACGUGCUUCUCAUGUUUGGCUUGUGAGUCCAAAGGAAACACUGAUUUUAUUUUUCAGGAACAAACAUCAAAAGUUCUUUUCAUGACAGGAUCAAUGGAAGUGAAGUCAAAUAAUUUUCACUCACCUUGUCAACAUUUUAACUUCACUGUAACUCCUACGGUUGACCACCUGGAGGAAUAUAAUCUUACCUAUAAUCUAAAAACCCACACUGGAAGGUCAGCAAUCAAGGAGGAAGAUCCAACUGAGGCAACAUCUAUAAACCAUACUUGUAGAAUUAUGGAACACCCACAUAAUUGUAUAAACAUUUCUUUCCAUUUAGAAAUGGAUGCAAAAAAUUCUAUCUGUUCCAUGAAGAUCACUUGGUAUGUUCUAGUUCUAUUAGUUUUUAUAGUUUUGCUCAUCUUCAUUAUCCACAAAAUACUUGAAGGCCACAGAAGAGCGCAGAAGUGGCAGAGUCAUAAAUACAAACCUACAUCUGUCCUCUUACGAGGAAGUGAUUCUGAGAAACUACGAACAUUGAACGUGCGGGUUGUUUCAGCAGACACCACAGAGAGGCUGCCGAUGACUCUGGUCAAGGACGUGCUUCCUCCAAUACCAGAACUAGAAGUUACUCCCGCGGUGCAUCAGCAAGAUCAACAUACACGGCGACACUUCCUAGCUGUCCCCCACACCUAUCUCCUUGAUCUCUGUGUCAUGCUGAGUAGCGAGGACCCCCAGCUCUCCGUCCAGAGAAAUUCGGGUGUCAACUGGAGCGGGCAGGGAACCAUGGCACCAGGCGGAAGGCUGGCUACGUUGCUGAGACGCCGAGCAGACAUGGUGGGAUUAGCAUGGAAGAAAGAGGGAUGGGCAGAGGAGAGGGUGUCAGGGGAGAAUUGGUGGCACUUGGCAAUGAUUUGA